ACGGGACGUCAAGUCUCCAGACCGUUCGCGAAUCGAUCGAUCAUCGGCCACGUAUCGAUCCCGUGGACCGUUCUUGACGCGCGAUUCGUUCCACACGGUGUACACGUGUGCCGCGUUCCUCCUCAGGAACCGAGUGUUUCGCGAUUUAAAUUGGUGGCUCUUUCCGGAGGAAAAGACCGGUCAUAGUGUGUGCGUGCGUGUGUGUGUGGAGGUGGAUGAAUGAACCGAACGGGAUGAAUUGAAAGAGUGGUAGGUUUAUUCGUGGAUACGGAUACAUUCCUUCGAUCGUAACGUUAUUUUCUUUUCUCUGUGCCGGGAUAGACACGCUUGUGCAGUUAUGUGAAUCAAAGAAGUAUUGUAUACAAGCUUUCAGAUAUAAUUUCCACGUUCAUUAAUUCGUGACAUUGUCUCACCCGUGUAAUAUUACAUGGGGCAGCGACCUCUGCACCUGUUACACCGGAACGUGUUAAUUAUCUACAUACGAAUACUGACCAUAACUCUACAUUUUUACCACCGCAAAAUAUGUUAAAAUUUUCAACCCCUUUUAUUUUUUCUAAAUAUCGUAAGAAUGUUGCAAUACUUUUUUGAUCCACCAUAGGUCCUGUUUUGACGGCAGUCGUGGUUCAAAAGUCAAGGUUAAGGCUGAUGGUUUAUGCGUUACUGUAUGCACCUUGAAGAUCCGCGUCAUCAGCUAUCGUGUUUAACGUUCGGCAUGGAUCCAAAGAUCGGACGUCUCGCGACGAUGCCUAUUAAUCGUUAAUUCUCACGGGACAAUUACGCCGUUUUCUGUCUAGCAGUCCGGUAUCCGAUCCGAGAGAAGGAUAGAUGCGAUCGACACCGGAAACGGAGUCAUCGAGUGCGUGAAGUGAGACACAACUGACAACCGGUCCGUGAUAAAUGCGGUUUCGAAACAGGACUCGACGUGGCUCGUGCCGGAAGUCGAUGGACUCGCGAAGCUGACGAAAGCUGAUCACGUAGGCGAUCGUGUAAACGUUUCAUUCAUCUCAUUGUUCACUCACGGUGUUUUUCGCGAGAAAAAACGCGGUUCGCGCGAUCGGUCGUCACUUCUGCGAGUUGUUUUGCAGUCGUGUACCCUGAAGUAUGGCGCAUCUUCGACGGCCGGCUAGGAGGGAGCAUUACAAGCCCUUUGGCAGAAGGAAGGGCUCGGCGGACUCAAACUACUCACAGCCGAGCUCGGAUCUCUCGCUGGACGAGGAGAAAGAGAGCUUGCGUCGUGAGAAGGAGAGGCAGGCCCUCAAUCAACUUGAAAAAGCCAGGACGAAACCGGUAGCGUUUGCAGUGCGGACCAAUGUGAGCUAUGACGGAUCUGUCGACGAUGAUUCGCCCGUCCAUGGCUCCGCUGUCAGCUUCGAGGUUCGCGAUUUUCUGCACAUCAAGGAGAAGUACGACAACAACUGGUGGAUAGGUAGGCUCGUGAAAGAGAACUCGGACGUCGGUUUCAUCCCUUCGCCGGUGAAGUUAGAAGCCCUAAGGCAGCAGGCGAGCGCUGCGCGUGGCACGAAGGGUCUCUAUUCUGCUCGUGGAGGGUCUUCAGGGAACCUUGGCGAGAGUGGUAUGCCCUCACGUGGUUCCACACCACCUACACCAGGUGACGACAGCGACAGUGUGGGGAACGUACGUGGCGGUAAGGCAACAUUGACCACACCACCGGCCAAGGAGAAACGGAAGAACUUCUUCAAGAAGCCGGAGACGACUACACCGUAUGACGUGGUACCUUCCAUGAGGCCUGUUGUCCUGGUUGGUCCUUCGUUGAAGGGUUAUCAGGUCACGGAUAUGAUGCAGAAGGCGCUGUUUGAUUUUUUGAAGCAUCGGUUUGCUGGCAGAAUAAUUAUCACUAGGGUAAUGGCAGACAUUUCGCUAGCGAAGAGAUCGUUGCUAAAUAAUCCAACAAAAAGAGCGAUCAUGGAACGAUCCACCAGUAGGAGCAGCUGUCUGGCGGAGGUUCAAGCGGAGAUCGAGAGGAUUUUCGAGCUGGCCAGAACGUUGCAGUUAGUGGUACUCGACUGCGACACCAUAAAUCACCCGUCGCAAUUAGCGAAGACCAGUCUAGCGCCAACGAUCGUCUACCUGAAGAUCUCGUCGCCGAAAGUGCUGCAGAGGUUGAUCAAAACGCGUGGCAAGUCGCAAAUCAGACACCUGAACGUACAAAUGGUAGCAGCGGAGAAGUUGGCCCAGUGUCCGCCGGAGAUGUUCGACGUGAUCCUGGAUGAGAAUCAGCUGGAGGAGGCUUGCGAGCACGUGGCCGAGUACCUGGAAGCUUACUGGAGAGCCACGCAUCCUCCCGUGAUCGCGUCCGUGCCACGUCCCAUUCCUGCACCCGAUGUACCCGUGGAUGCGUUGACACCUCGCGUCACAUCAGGAUCGGGCUCGUACAGCGGCGGACACGUGAGCGAAGGAACGAGAAGAUCGAGGUUGGAGAGGAUGGAUCGUGAUCGUGGUGAUCGUGGCGAACACGAUUAUGGCACCGAGGAGGAAUCGUACGUUGGUGGCGUCGAUUAUGGCAGUGCAUCGAGGCGUCGCCAGCAGCAAGACCCGCGCGCAUUGAAUGCCAUUUAGGAGCUGGGGCCCCGGGGCCUGUCGCUACAGCGCUGUCCCCACCUGCGCACCACUGCUCUUUAGUGGGGUCGCCACCUGGUACGCUACUGAACGUACGAAGUGCUUAUAAUGCUACCUUAGCGAAAUUUGUCGCUCUGGUCUGUUAGUGGGGUUUCUUUCCUGUCCGCUACCCGUAACAAUCGUUCAUUUUCCGAUUACGCUAGCCCAGUAUACGCUUCGCUACCGCCAGGCUCCACGAAAUUCUGUUCCCUUCUUUCGUUUUGUCGCCGGUAAUUGAUAUGCCGUCAUGCAGAUUUUCUACAUCGUACGACUAUUGUAUCGUGAAGCGUGCACGCUAUGAGAGAUUCAGAAACUGUGCCAGUCGUUUUAUUUUUGCUGAAUAUAUUCUUGGGCACGUUUGAUAAAAUAAUUUGCUACUUUUGUUUUAGAAAUAACGCAGAGAAAUUAAGGAAGUAAUCAAGUAAUUCUGAGAUAAGUCUAAGAUAUUCUGAUAUUGAAAGGUUAUGGUAAAAUUGCCUGUCAUAUUUUCAUAGCCAUAUAACGAAAUAACGCACAAUUAUAUCGAAUAACACCUAGCCAAAUAAGAUAAUAUAAUAAUCAUUUUUCGAGUAUGUUACGUGGUGCCCAAGACUAUUACUUGCAAUUUGAAAACUGGAAGUGGGGCGUAUUGUGGUGUUUCGCUAGGAAAAAUGACGAUACUUUUUAACACUCAAUUUAUUAUGUCUAAACAUUUCUUGCACGACGUUCAUUUUACUUAUUAAAUGAACUUGCUUUGAAUCGAAUACUUAAACUGAAUGUGUAUUCUUGAAGAUCUACGUCAUCUUUCCUAGGGAAACUUUUGGUUGUAUGCGUGCACGCUAGUCAGGGCUGAAUUAUUGAACACAAGAAUGUCUGCAUUUCUCAAACUCCUUCUCUGAAUUACUAAAAUUACCUCAAAGUCCGAAAAUACAAAAGUGUAGCUUCUAAAGAUUUAAAGUUUCAACAAAUGUCCGAAAGACUAUUAAAAAUUUGAACUCUUAAAAAAUUGCAAGGUUAAAAAUUUCCGAGGCUUGGAAGUCUAAAAAUAGCGAAAUCAGUAAAGUGUUAUGAUUCGGGCCUGACUCCACGAUACAAAAUGUCUUCGAGCCUCGAGAGAAGUAAGAAGCAGCGUCCUAUUUUUAUGGUAAAUUGUAUAUGCGUUCUAACGAGGCGUAUCUCAAGACCCACAGAUCCGUAGAUUCUAUUUUCGUAUCGUUCGAAUAAAUCCCCUUAAUUUCGUACGAUCCAUUCGAACGUAAACGAUAGGAAUAACGUAGAAUCCUUGUCAUGCAACGUUGUUGUGAAAAAAAGAAAAUAUGGCUUUUCUGUCCCCGUUCGAGAAUAUCGAGAGUGAAAGAAUGCGAGCGAGUGAGAGAAACAUAGGAGAUUAGCCAGCGAAAACUUUCACGAGCAUUUUUCCCAACAGGAAUUCCGCAAACGAUGGGCGGGGUUGAAAAAACAAUAAUCGAAUGUCCUAGUCGAUAUGGUACGCACAGGAUAAAUCCCCCAUUCGCGGAACCAGCUCAACGAGAUGAGUAUAAUUAAAAAUCAAAGAAAUCUUGAAUGAGAGCAAGGGAGAGAGGGAAAGAGAGAAAGAUAAAAAGAGAAAAAAGAGCCCUGGGGCCUUAAUUUUUGCGCUCACUCCUCCCGGGCCCCUAUACCCACCCCCACGAGAAGCAAAUUAAAGCUUCGUGAUUGCGAAUUACCUAGGAGAGCUUUGUGAAUCGGCAACAGGUAUUCAAAGGCACGAGAUCUUCGCUCGAAAAAUUAGGUAGACGAAGGAAAAAGGAAGAGACAUUGUUACGAGAAAAUUUCGAGAUACGAAUUUUUGCGUAGUAUUCUUUCAAUUCGGCCGUGAGAACAAUGAUAGUCGACUCGUAGGAGGAAACGACGAAGAAAAAAGAACACGAAGAAAGUCACUCUAGUCGAAUAUUGUUUUAGAAUCGACCGUACGGAUAAAUUCUAUAUUAGGAAUUUUCUUAGAGGAAAUCGCGACGAAGCUCGAAACGAAUUUUCAACGAUUUCGAAUCGGUGCAAAGACGAAUUAACGCGUGGCGAUGGGUUGGGAUCAGAUCAUCGUGAUAAUAAUCGAACAGUUGAAAGUUUUCGACUAUCGAAGCGCGUUGACGAUCGCCGCGCUAGGUUGACGUGUUUAUACGUUUUAUUAGAGUCUAUUACGUGGAACAGAACACUAAACACACGCGACACGAAAAGGACAUGCACACACACGCGUGUACAUUAUCGGUCAAAAGUGUGGGACCAAAGACGUAGAAUCGAAUUCUUUAAAAUAUUUGCAAUUAGCUAAUUCAAUCUACUGUAGACCAAUUGUAGAUCUAAGACGUUCUUUCUUUUAUAAAAUAAGAUAACUUUAGAUCUUGCACGUGUUAUACUACGAAAUUUUCCUACUUUUUUAAUCAGUUCUAUUUAUCAAGUUACGAAAAUUAUUUAUUGAAGUUCAAGUUCGAAUGCAAGUCGGUAGAUGAAAGAUUUUAGAAGAUUUUCAAAUUUUAAUCUCACUAUUUCAAGCCUUGACUUCUUAAAAUAGGAAAAUAGGUCUAUUUCGAAUGCAUUAACCUCUUCAAUUUUUAUCGAAAUAGAUUUUAAUUCUACUUACUUUAAAUGGUAAUUAAAAGUUCCAGAAGCGUUAACAGAAAACAUAUGUAGCCAUAGGUUAAACUUAAAAAUAACUGAAGUGUGGCAGCCAUCUUGAAGAGGUUAAAAGAGUAGCGUAUUAGCAAAUUUAUACGAAUUAUACGACAUAUCUUUUGCGAUUAGAGAAUAUAAUUUAUAUAAAGUAUUUCGAGACGUAAUUUUGAUGAAGAUCCCACGGUUUUGGCUGACGGUGUACGUGCACACACACAGCAACACAUUGAACACUACUUUGUGUAUAUAGUAUACAUACAUAAAUAAUAAUAUAUAAAUAUGAAUAUAUUGUAUACGCGGUGAACACUUCCAUCUCUGUCGCUCGACAAAAAAUUCCGAUCGAGGUAAAGUACAGGAAAAAAAGUAGAGUGAGAGAGACAGAGUGAAAGGGUGAGAGAAAGAGAAAGAAUGAAGAAGAUACUAUACCAUAGAUAAACGAAUCCAAUAGUUAUACCGUGUACAUAUUGUAAGAAGCCUUUAAAAAAAAAAAACGAGUCCUUUUCGUUUCGAUUGCCGCAGUGUUGUCAGCUGCAUCGAGGAUCACUUUCUACACUAAAACUUAUUUGUGAGAUUAUCAUUGUUCGAACACAUUUUCAGUCCUCUGGACGCUUUUGAUGCACUAUAUUUCCUGCAAACUUGUAUUUAACAAAUACAUUAUUGACACACGUACACAGACACAUCGAUUGCGUGGAUCGUGGCUGAUAACACGAACUCGUGUUCGUUUUUUAACCCUUUCAUUGCUAAAUAAUUUUGAUAAAUAUGCAAAAUUUUGCACAGUUUUAAUUAUGUAUGUAGCCACUCUUCUAAAAGUGACCUUUACCCUAGAAAGAAGUUCAAUUUACUCUCGUUAGAUUUAAUUGCAAUUAUGUUGAUUAGCAUUUUGUAAAAAUAAAUCGAUCUUAAGAUUCUAUCCUCCCCUGGUUACACACAUAUUAAUAUUAUCGAUACGUGAUGGAACGAAAUAAGAAAUAUCUAAUUUAAUAAUUGCACCAAUACGAUAUUACAGUGCUCGAAGUGCAUCGAUUUUUGAAUGUUAUAGCACUGGAAGGGUUAAUGGCACGUUUCUUAAAAAAUGAAGAAUUUUGAAGAAACACUUUAGGUAGGAACGAGGCGUUCCAAAAAUGAUUACGUUCGAAUAGCGUGCUUUUAUGACAAUUUGUCGCAUGCUGUGUGAAUUUUAGUCAAGCUUUAUUGUUUCGAAGCUGAUGCACCUUUGAUGCCAAUUUUCACGCGGAUCGAUCGUUGUUCGAGCUUUUUCUUUCACGAAACUCGAACCUGUGGAUCGCCUCCUUCUUUCGACGUUGUUCCGUUUGUUCUCUCGAAUUGCCGCGAAGGAGGCGCCAUUUUGUCAGCGAUCCUCGUUCCGAUCGAGAGUAAUUGAAAGUGAUUUCUCGUCAGACUCGUUGUUUAUUCGCCACCACAAAUGAUUGGCGCGGGAAGAUUAUAUUAGCCAGGUGUUCGCGUGCUGAACAGACGCGAAUCUUUUUUCAGCGCGUUUACACUGUUCAUUGGCGUAGCUGUAGGUUUUUAUGUGAGGUGGACUGGCUGUUAACUUCGAAGUUUGGAUUUUGGGAAGAAGAUUGAGGAGUUGGGAGUUGGAGAUUUGAAAAUUAGAAAGAUGGAGGAUUGGAAAUUUAAAUAUUGACGAUUUGGGAAUUUGGGAGAGUGGGAAUAGGAGAGAUUGGGA